AUGCACCGGUACCGCCUGCUGGACGGAAGCAUGGAGAAGAGUUCAUGUCUCGGUUGGCUGGGUCUUUCUCAGACACCGCCUGGCAUGUACGUCCUGGAUGGCUGGGAGCUCACACCCAGUGAUGUGCUGGGCCAUCCUCGCCACUCUAUGAAUCUCCCAGAUGGAAAUGACUGUGGAAGUGAAGCUGAUCUCUAUGGGCUGGUGUCAAAUAUCUUGGAGGAGGCUGAUCAAAUGGACAGUUACUAUACUGAAGAGACAUUAUCCCAACUGAAAUCUGUCUGGUCUCCCAAUUCAAUGAGCGACAAUUGCCAGCAGUACUUCCAAUCAGAGUCCAAAGUGCAGUCCAACUUUCUGCCGAACCAUGUUUACCCUGAGUCUUUCAGUAAAGCACAAGGGCAGCCAAUCAACAGAGGUUCUGAAGAGUUCUACCAGCAUUUCAACGGCUUUGAUACCAGUGACCAGCAGUGGCUCCUCUCUUCCUGCAAUGGAGACAUGGACACUAGAUACUCUCUACAGACCCAAGAGCUGCCGAAGCCACCGGGGCUACCACUGCCCAACGUGGGGAAUACCUACCGUUCAAACACGAGGCCGAGUAAACACGAGUACAACACAGCUGAGAAGGUUGGAGGGUUCUGUGGGUCUGGGAACGCUCUUUCUGACCACAUGGAUGCUUUUGCACCCUCCUUCUGCCCCCAGAGCAAGAUUAACAGCCAGUGCUUUGACCACUACUAUGAAGAGUUCCCAGGCCAGAUCAGCGCCAAGCCCAGAAGGACCAAGCAGUACACCAUGCAAGAGGUCAACAAGCUGGCCAGCAACAUCCAGACUCUGAUGGUUGGUGAGCAGGACAACGCAUGUGGUAGGGAGCCCCAGAACCGGCAGAGUGUGCAGAUGCAGUAUGACAACAUCAUGGCCGAACAGAGGAACUUCUCCAACACCAGGAUGCCUGGGCAAACCACUCAAGCCAUGCAGUUUAAGAAGGAACUAGGAGGGGAGUAUGGAGCCAUGCAGAGGGAGACUGAUGGAGGAAGGAAGAGCGAAGAGCUGCUACAGAGUGACUUUGAUUCCAAAGACUUAUCUGGAUUUGGUCCACAACACGUUGAGUAUUUCCAAAAAACAAAAUCACUCUCAGCAUCUUUUAAUCCUACAAUUUCUCACCAAAACAAGAUGGCUGUCCAGAAAGGAAGCAACCCCCUCUCUAUGGGCCUGAGUCUGAACCAGUACCAUUAUAGCCAGCAGAACCAGUUGCAGAACAAACUCAAGCAGCAGCAUCAGCAGCCAAUGGGAAACUGUUCAUCCUCUGGGCCGUCCAAGAUGCUGUCCCACUCUGUGUCUGAGUUUGUACCUCAGCACUCCCACCAGAUGCAGAGAGGACCACCACCGUGCAUCCAGGACUACAGUCAGGGGGACGGGCCCAGCCUCCACAGCAGCAGGGCAGGACAGAACCAGGUCAGGAUGGGCAUGGGCGGGCUGAGGAGGGGAGCCAGCGACAGUGACUUUGAGAUGCAGCUGGACAAGAGCAGGAUGCACAUGGCUGGGCUGGUGGCUGAUGGCUGCUCCUCCACUCAGCGCUUGGAUGGGAAGACAAGGCCCCAGACCAGCACUCACAUGACAGGAGACGGGGACAAGAAGCAGGGGCUCCUGCAGAACCCUUACCUCGACCUACUCGGCAGCAUGUAUGGCUCUCAGAGAUUCGGCGGAGGAAACGGCACAGUCAACGCAGGGAAGAACCCAGCCUUUCUGCCUUGCAUGUAUCAGGCUGUGAAUGACCCCAGACAGAACUCCUGCCACAUGUCUCUGAACUCUGCCAGCUUCAACUCCAGAUCCUCCUUCCCCUACGGCGGUUCCAUCCCCCCCAUGGACCUGUGUGACCUGCUGCCAGACGGGGAGUUUGCAGCUUUCAACCCUUACCUCAAUGACGUUAUGGGCUCCAGUGGAGAGAACCCCUACCCAGGGAUGAUGGGAGGCCUCCGCUCCCCGAGGAUAAUGAGGAACCGGGGAGGACCCAUGAGCCAGCUCCACUUCCACCUGGAGGAGUGCUAUGAGCAGUGGAGAGUCCUGGAGAAGGAGAGGAAGAAGACAGAGGACGUCCUUACCGUGAGUUAUCCUGGAAAGCGGAUUUCUGUGGUGACCAGCAGUGCCCUCCCCAAAAUCCCACCUAACCCUUCCAGAGUGGACCGUCUCAUCGUGGACCAGAUUCGAGAACAAGCCAAGGUGGUGAGCCUUCUGGGUAAAAUGGAGCGUCUGCGUAGCUUCCCCCUCCAUGCCAAUAUUUGUUCAGCGCUGGACAGACACCUCGAGGCUAUUUACAUUACCCAGGCCAGACGCAAGGAGGAAUUUGUCAACACUUCAAACCGUCAGAGACAGGCCAGUGCACAUUUCAGAGAGGACAGAGAUAUCCUACUGCUUGCUACAGCACUGAGGGAUCUGUGUUUGACCACAAGGAAGUCCCGCACUGCCCUGUGGUGUGCCCUACAGAUGACCCUACCCAAGUCCAACACGGACAAGCUGGAUGAGCAGAGCACCUCUGAGGAGACUAGCCCAGGGAGAACACUUAUCCAGUUCUGA